CCACCUCUACUGCAAUUUUGUUUUCAUCUGGAAAAGAGACUUUUUACCAUGCCUUUAGCUCGUACUAACAGAGCCGUCCUGUAGAGUGUCCUUGAGCGACUUGCCAGCGCAGAGCGAACCCCGGUAUCCCCGAUUCCCGAUGAACGCCAGCGGUAACGGAGGAGCAGCGCCCGUCUCUGGAGGAGUGGGUGGUGCAGGAGGUGCGCACGGAGGAGCUGCUGGCGCAGGUAGUGCUGGAGGUGGCGGAGCAGGAGGAGGAGCAGGUGGACCUGGUGGAGGGCCUGGAGGCGGGGCAGCUGCAGCAGAUCAGGCUGGCGACGCAGCUGGCGGAGCAGCAGGUGGAGGCGCUGGCGAUGGGUCGGCAAACUCCCCGGGAAAUCCUAAUGGAACCAACGCAAGCACGUCGGAAAACCCAGCGAAUGGAGCCAACUCUAGUGAGGAUCAGGAUGCCAAGCGGCGCAAGUGUCGCGAAUCGGAAGAGGGUCAGGACGGAGCCAGCACGAUGAUCGAUGCGAAUAGUGUGCUUAACAAGAUCGCCAACCUGUACGCAGAACAGCUGAUGUCGGACAUAGUGCUCCUGGUGGACGGCAAGGAGUAUCCUGCCCACCGCGUCAUCCUGUGCGCCAGUAGCGACGUCUUUCAGGUGAUGCUAAUGAAUCCGGAGUGGAACGAGUGUAGUAAGCAUGUGAUCGAACUGCACGAGGAGGCCUGCUGCUCGGCGGUGUUUCCGCAGUUUAUCAAGUACCUGUACGUGGGCCACAUCGAGGUCACGCUGCAGACGGUUAUGCCGAUGCUGGCGCUCAGCGACAAGUACAAUGUGCGCGACCUGAUCGAUCUCUGCGUGGGCUAUAUGAACAAGCACGUGGCCAAGGCGGCCACCAGUGGCUACCUGGUCUCCUGGCUGCAGUACACGCUCUCCUUCACGCCCACCCAUAACGAUCUCACCGAGACGCUAAAGCGGUUCCUGAAAUGGAACCUCGAGAUGGUGGCAGAGUCGCGUGACUUUGUGGAAAUGGACCCAGCCAUAUUGCAGCUGCUGUUGCAGCAGAACGAUCUGGUUGUCACCAGCGAGUACAAACUGUUCGCCAUCCUGCAAACGUGGCUGCUGCAUCGUCGCGAGCAAAUGGAGGCUAUUGCCAGUGGCAGCUUCAUGGAGCUGAUCGAGCAGACGGUGUCCCACAUCCGCUUUGGCAUGAUGACGCCGCGCCAGCUGUCGCAUCUGCUGAUGGAUCCGCUCAUCGAGUAUCACAAGGAGUUUCUUGUCGAGCGCAUUGCCAUCGGGAUGAGCUAUCAGUCUGGGCAGGAGGAUCGAGUGCGAGAGGUGAGAGCCACCGAAUCGGGUGAGCUGCAGUUCACGCCGCGACUCUACUGGAACGACACCUGGAGCGUCGACAUCGAUGUGCACAACUUUGACGCAAUCGAGGACUACAAGAACUAUGUGACCUGCUUCUUUUCGCAGCGCCACAUCGCCGAGACUGAAGAGGACGCAGAUCCCGGCAUGACCUGGGAGAUAGAGUUUUUCCCCCGGGGCGUUAGGUACAACAAGGCCAAAAUGGUAUGGGGCGAGGACGUGCCAGGCUGCUCCUUAAACACAGUGCGCCUACGGGUUACCUGCAAGCAUCAAAACAUUGGCGAGGAACGCUUCAAGAUCGCCGUGCUGAUCGUGGGCGUGCAAAACCAGAUCAUGCACAUCCGGACGGUGGUGGAGCGGACGGAGUACUUUUCGGAUACGUCGCGCGUAAUCAACCUGGACAACCUGCUGCCGUACGAGGAGCUGGAGCACACAUCCCCGUACUUGAGUCCCCACCUGACGGGCACCGCACGGAACACACUGACCCUGCACGUGGUCAUUACGCCGAUGGGCGCCCACACCUGCCGGGAUACGCCGCCGUUUCAGUUCUAAGCACGGUGACCGGUUUUGUGGGCACCUCGACUAUCGCACUCCGUACUUUCCGGCGCAUCCACAGGCACCUCAUGCAUCCGCCGCCACCACUGUAUUUCACUCUUCCAUUCAAUGUUUGUAUGUAUGUAUAAAUCCGAUGUGACUGCGAUUCCCCUUGGGCUCAAUUUUUGCGAUCCUCACUGGCGGGAUGUACCUCUCCCCCACUCGAUUACUGCAGCUCCCCCCCCCCCCCCCCCACGCAAUAUGUUUUGUUAUAAGUUUUUGUUUUUUUUUUUAAAUAUGUUUUGUCCUAUAAGUUAAGCGCACCGAAAGGAGUGAGUUCUUAGGCAGGGCCAUAACCACUGAGGGCGGAUCGUGAAUAGUUGAUACUGGCCAUAAUGGACACAACGGCCGUGUGUGUGGGGAUGGUACUGUAUUCACUGUACCGUUAAGCAGCGUGAAUGCCAACUAUAAGGAACCUAGACUAUGGAAAGCUUAUUUUCUAAUAAACGUUGAUAUGUAAAGAACAAAAAACCAAAAUCCUCCCGACAUGGCUGAGAAAGAGAGGGGCGCGUGUGGCUAUUGCUAUCUCGUCUGUUUGCCAAUGCAUAAAGCAUCAGCUUAAAUGUUUUACAGCCGAUAGACAUGUGUGUAUCCGCUUCUUCGUGACCACUAAGAUAUGUGGAUCCCUUUACGAGUGCGUUUAUGGCCCGAGAUCAACCUGUCGCGUCUCGGGGGCCUAUCUUUGUGUGCUCUGCUAAAAGUGACUUGGCCAUAUUAUCCGCCUACAGUGCGGGACGCCAAAAUACUGGGCUUUUCGAGUGCAGACGUUUUGGAUAGUCGCCAAAACAACAACACGAAUGUAAAUCGGUUCAGGCAUAAGUCGUCUAUCGAAUUGGUUUAAUCUUGGCGUUAAUGUAGUUGUUAAAUAAAAUGUCUCUUCAAAAAUCAGCUAUGGUCUAUUAUUGAAGUUUGCGUUUUCAUUAGACUGAACUAAAGAGUAGAAUUACUGUCAUUUAACGUUAUAAUUAAGUGAUUUGGGUUUUAAUUUAAUUAUUUCCUAGAGUUGACCAGUCAUUUUGUAAAACAACGUCUCUGAAACCUCUAAUAAAGGUGUCGAAAACUA